AUACCCAGCCUGAUAUCCAAGGCCUGUGAUGAACUCAAUAAAGACAUUCAGUUGCUAGAAAAUAAAUUGAAAGAGACUCAGACCAGGCUCACCGAUAAAGAUCACACAAAAGAAAAUGAAAUUAGCAACCUGAAAAAUAUUAUUACAGAUCUGGAACACCGCCUAAAAAGGGAGCAAAAUAACAAUAACACUAUUCUAAAGGAAAUGAGGAAAGAUUGUUUUACAAAGUCAGAAGUACUUAAAGAAGUCACUCAACAAGUAGAAGAGUUAAAAAGGCACUUGGACUCUGCAAUGCAAGAGGUACGUAAAAAUGUAUAGUAAAGGGAAAAAUGCCUUGGGCUCCAUGGCAUGGUUUGCGUAAAGAAAAAGAAAGCAAUCAUGAAUAAGGUGAUAACUCCCCCACUCUGCAUAAAACGACAAUGUGUAAAAUAUAUAUGUAUAUGUAGGGCUCAAAAUAUCCACAUGCUGCUAGCAAUUGGCAAGUUGGUAGAAUUUUACCCCUGUGAGUGUGCCAUGGACCAUCCACAUAAAGUGGCAAUUAACUUUUAGGACCUGCUUAGCUAAUCAAAAAAAUAAAUAAAAAAAUCCCUAAUUUAAGGGCAUGCUUCACAGCUGACCUCCAUAGAGACUGCACAAAUGCUCGUCUGACAGCUUCAGUACAGUAUUCUCAGGUGUUCUUACCCCACGUGCUCUGCCAGUGUUUUCUUUAAUGCAGACCCUGUUUGGCAAAAUUUGAACCCACAGCAUUAUUGCGUUCCUGCUCAGAAACUCACAUUCCAAUCAAUCUAGAAAUGCAUUUGGUAAAAGCCGUAAUGUUUUAAUGACAAAUUCAUUAUGCUGAAAAAAGCUCUAUAUAACAAAGGCAUGAUGCUCUGGUCCAUAAAAUGCUUGCCAUACAAAUGCCAUAGACCGCACUAGUUAUUGGUAUUCCCGCUUCUCAUCCUCCACCAAUAUAAUCCAACAUCACAAAAUAGUCAGGUUGUUCUGCCGGAACCAGUUACCUCUAUGCCAGGGCUGUCCAACCUGCGGCCCCCCAGAUGUUGCUGAACUUCAACUCCCAUGAUUUCCUGGCUAUCUGUUUCAUUGAAAGAAUCAUGGGAGUUGUAGUUCAGCAACAUCUAAGGGGCCGCAGGUUGGACAUGCCUGCUCUGUGCUAUGGAGCAGCCAUAUUUAGCCCUCUUUGGUCAAUCGUACCACUUAUCUGCCAAAACCAUGCACAAAUGGAAGGUUUAAAACCGUCCCAAAGCACAGUUUUGCAAUACUUUGCAUUUGCACAUUGGCAGGAUUUGUGAAAGAGGAUUAGCUGCACAAUAUAAUUUGGAAAAGCCAUGCUUCCGACCAAACCAGAGUUAAAUAUGGCUUCCCCAUAGAGCAAUGAUAGCCAGAAGAUGCACCGAUAAGAUUUAUUUAUAACGUACAUGUGUGCAUUACUAAAUUGUACACGCAGGGGCUAUAAUAAAUGUAAUUUCCACAAUACAGACAGUUUUCCUUCAAUGCACACUCACAUUGCCACAGCAAUUUACCUCUGUAGUAUUACCACCUUCUGCUGUGUGGUUAUUUAUUUUUUUAAAUAGGUUUUCUAAGGAUAUAUUAUUCAUUGUAAUGAGAUACUGUUUUCUUUUAAAUUUAUAUUAAAGAUUUAGCAAAUGACUCAGUCCAGUUCAGGGCACAUAUUAUUGUUUGAUUCCCCCUCCUCGCUGUAUGCUUUCUCUAUGCUGAUUGGCAGGAGGAAAGGACAGAGUAUUAAAACAAUGUUUGCAGGAAGCUAAGAUGGAGGUGUCCAAUUGCACGAUGAAGAGAUGUGUAAUUUUAUUUGCCUCACCUCGCAAACACAUUUGUUAAAUACAGGGACUAAACAUGAUAUUUACAUUUGUUAGGGAUUUACUUUUUGUGUUUGAUGUGAGGAUUUUAAUCAUAACCUCCCAAACUUAAAUGUUAUACAAUAUCUUUGAGGGGGCUUUGCAGUAGAAAGCAGGAAGUAAAGUAACGAGGAAGAGAAUAUAAUGUAUAUGUACACAUACCAAGUUGUGUUUCAUGGCUGUAGAGCAAAGCAUGCAUUACACUAAAAAUAGGCGAUAAAAUGUUUCUGCUUUUAGAAUUUGUUCCUUAAAGAAACAGUACGCUUGGAAUGCGAAGAACGCUUUGAGCUGACCGAGGCUUUGACCCAGGCUCGAGAACAACUGCUGGAACUAAAGCAAGCUAAUGGAAGCUUUCUAUCAUCAUCAUUAUCAUCACAAAGAUCAUUUACUGCAGAAAGGCCUAAACUAACUCAAAGGACAAGUAAUAUGGACCAUAAACAUCCUCAGAGUCUGUCAUCCAAUAAGGGAAGCAGACUAGUGAGCCUCCCAGGUAACAGCUUGGUUUCAAACAAGCAUUUACAGAGCAGUAGUAGCAGCUUGCCUUCAUUGCCAUCACCGUAUCCAAAAAAAGAAAGGGCGUUUUCACUCACUGAUGCAAAGCCAAAAUUAACUGCAGUUCUCAGAAGCCAAUCUACUCAACAAUGA